AUGACAUCUUUCCAGCCAAAUCGAUCUGAUAAUGAUGACUUGGUCGAUGAGAAGCAGCAGCAUACUGAUCAUGUUGAAGACACCUCGAAUGUGACUACCGUUGAUGGUAUUCGAGUUCUUGGCCUAACUCAGGAAGAUGCCACUUUUCUUGACAACUUUUCACAGGAUCAAAGGAAAGCUGUUUUGCGCAAGGUUGAUUACCGUCUCGUCCCCAUGCUGUCAGUGCUGUACUUGGUCUCCCACCUGGAUCGAGCCAACAUCGGAAAUGCAAAAAUCGCAGGCCUGACCUCGGAUCUCGGACUGAGUGGCAUUCAAUACAACAUCGCACUCAGUCUUUUCUUCAUUCCUUACGUUUUGCUUGAGAUGCCAAGUAACAUUCUUUUAAAACGCUGCGCACGGCCAUCUUUUUAUCUGGGCACUCUCAUCAUUUGUUGGGGAAUUAUCAUGACCUUGACGGGUGUUGUGCAGAACUUUGGUGGUCUGGUCGCGGUCCGCAUCUUGCUGGGGAUAUUUGAAGCUGGAUUCUUCCCCGGUGCGGUCUACCUCUGCUCCUUCUGGUACAUGCCAAGAGAUCUUGCGACUCGAAUCUCCAUCUUCUACUGUGCAAGUGCCCUGUCAGGCGCGUUCUCGGGUCUCUUGGCGGCAGGUAUUGCGAAAAUGGACGGCGUGGGCGGGUAUGAAGGAUGGCGGUGGAUCUUCCUGCUCGAGGGAUUAGCCACUAUUGUUCUUGGUGUGCUAUGUUUCUUUCUUCUGAUUGACUCGCCUCGGUUGUCAGGUCGGUGGUUAAAUCCAGAGGAAAUUCGGUCCUUGGAGCUGCAGCACUUCAUCAAGGAUGGAGGUCAAUUCAAGGAGGAGAGAAGCAGGACAUCGUGGAAUGACAUCCGAGCUGUGCUUGCGAACUGGAGAAUGUAUUUGCUGGCUUACAUUCUACUAUGCCAGUCUGCUUGCUCCUAUGGAACCAAAUUUACUCUGCCCACUAUCACAAAGGGAAUGGGCUUCAGUGGCACAGCUGCACAGCUCAUGACAGUACCUCCCUAUGUUGCAGGCGCGAUUUCUGCCGUUUUUUUCUCGACCUUAUCCGAUCGAUUUUACUGGCGCAUGCCAUUUGUAGUUGCUCCGCUCCUACUGAUCGUUAUCGGUUACUCGAUAAUCAUCGGACUUGGCGGACAUCUAAAAGAGAAUCUCGGACCCGGCUUCUUUGCCAUUAUUCUUACCUGUAUGGGUAUCUAUCCCACUCACCCAGCCACAACAUCCUGGACGAUGAACAAUCUCGCACCUUCAAACCGCCGAGCCAUUGGAAGUGCUUUCAAUAUCUGUGUUGGCAAUAUAGGUGGGAUCAUUGGAAGUUACAUGUACCUCGACCGGGAGGAUCCUACUUAUCCCACAGGCUUUGGACUGUCCCUGGCUUUUGGUGGCACGGCACUAUUGGCGGCUUUGGCUCUUGAAGUAUCUUUUAUGUGGGGGAACAAGCGAAAGAAUACGUUGAGUGAGAUUGAUAUUCGGGAGAAGUAUAGCGAUGAGCAAUUGAUGCAGAUGGGAGAUCAGUCGCCGCUGUUCAGAUAUACUCUUUAA